AAGACAAAAAGAAAAAAAAAAGACGAAGGAAGAAUGAACGUCUACACGCAGACGCCAUUGGAUACAGUUUGAAUCGGGUAUAUGCCUUAUGGAUUCUUCUUCUUCUCCUUCUCUCUCUACCUAAAGCUAAAGCUAUCGCGCGAUUGAUCCAUCCACCAUCGGCGCUAUGGAGGAUUCUACGGCUACAACGACUCAUCAUUAUUUCACCAUUUUCACGAAUUAUCCUCUCAUCUCCUCCCUCACAGCUUUCACCAUCGCUCAAUUCAUCAAACUCUUCACCUCCUGGUAUAGGGAAAGGAGAUGGGAUCUGAAACAGCUUAUUGGGUCCGGAGGAAUGCCUUCUUCUCACUCAGCUACCGUUACUGCUCUCGCUGUUGCUAUCGGUUUGCAAGAGGGCUUUGGUGGUUCUCAUUUCGCUAUUGCUCUCAUCUUAGCUUCUGUUGUCAUGUAUGAUGCAACUGGCGUGAGGUUACAUGCGGGUCGCCAAGCUGAGGUUCUCAAUCAGAUUGUGUACGAACUUCCUGCAGAACAUCCACUGGCUGAAAGCAGACCAUUGCGUGAACUUCUCGGCCAUACCCCUCCCCAGGUAGUUGCUGGCGGAAUGCUUGGAAGUGUCACAGCAGUCACUGGAUAUUUAUUUACCAGGGUUGCUACUAGCUAACGUGUGAACGAACAAUCAUAGACCACAACUCGCCUGCUUCAUUCCCCUAGUGAAACCGCUGGACAGUGGACAGAACCGAAAGCAGAUUUACAAUCAAAGCAUUAGUUUAAUUCACUACAUAUAUAAUCGUAUUCAUGAAUAUUCUGUUUGAAAUGUAAAGAAAACUUGAACACCAUUACAAAAAUAAAAAACGUAAAUCUUAUUUGGAAAAUAAUACAAAGAAUUUGUGGAAUGA